AUGCAGAAUGUUGCGGAUGAUUUUGCGAAUUAUGUGAACGUUGCAGUUGCAAUGGACGAGAUAUUGUCAUUCCACACCAAUUAUGAGAAGAAGUACUCAAGUCUCUACAACAUGGACAAGACGGUUGUCUUUAUAGACAACCCCGGAAAAGUAACACUGGACUAUUGUGGCACACGCAAUGUUGAUAUCAAUCACGGCGUAGCCGAAAACACUGGAUGA